AUGAAACUUAUAGUAUGUAACGAACUUCAAAGUAUAGAUACAACAAAAGUUUUGAACUCGGAUGCUUUGAAGAGUCUUAUAACAGACAAAGUUGGAGUUGUUGAAAGAAAAUAUAAAGACCAAAGAGUUUGUGAAAAUGUUGCAAAUUUCAUUAUGGUUUCAAACAACGCCGUUCCGAUGAAGUUAGAAAGUUCUGACAGAAGAUAUGUAGUUGUCAGAACGUCAGAUUCUCAUAUGCAAGAUACAGAAUAUUUUGACGACUUAGCAGAAACUUUGACACCUAACUUUUACAACCACUUGUUCUCAUAUUUUAUGACAUUAGAUAUUUCAAAGUUCAAUCCAAGACAAAUUCCACAUACCGAAGAAAGACAAACAUUGUUAGAAGCAAACAAGAGUGUAUAUGAACUGUUUAUAGAUGAGACUAACUUUGAGUGUUUAGAUGAAAGGUCAUUGUACGAUUCAUAUAAACAAUAUUGUCAAGAGUAUGGUUAUAUGGCAGCUUCUAAACGUACAUUCUUGGCAAAUGUCAAAAAUCUUUUAGACAUACAGAACGGCGUAUAUACAAAGAAAAAUUUUUCUGAGUAA